AAAUUAAAACACUUUUUUUUUUUAAACGAAAAAAAAAAAAAUAACUAAAAGAAUUAUGUCAGCUCAUUCUGGAGACGAACUUGAAGUUGAUAUUAAAGAACAAGAUCGCUUUCUUCCUAUAGCAAAUGUUGCACGUAUAAUGAAGAAGGCACUUCCUGAGAACGCAAAAAUCGCAAAAGAAGCAAAGGAAUGUGUACAAGAAUGUGUGUCUGAAUUUAUUUCGUUUAUUACAAGUGAAGCAAGCGAUCGUUGUCAACAAGAAAAGAGAAAGACAAUUAAUGGCGAAGAUAUUUUAUGGGCAAUGCAAUCACUUGGUUUUGAAAAUUAUACAGAAGCAUUAAAAAUUUACCUUGCUAAAUAUCGUGAAGUAAGUUCAAAGGAAUUAUGUAUUACAAUUAAAGAUUUCUCAACAAAAUCUAUAUGAUAGACUACAAAGAUUGAAAGAACAAGUUCAAGUAAUAAAGAUAAAGAAGAAGGAUUAGAACAACAACAUCCAAUUCAAGUUCAACAAACACAGAUAUAUGCUACUAAUGAGCAACAAACACAACAACCUCAGCAACAAUUACCUACUUAUUAUAAUGGAAAUAUACAAUAAAUAAAUGACUUUAUUCCACAGUUUUUUAAUAUCAUAACUAUUUCUCCUCGUAUUAUUAUAUAAUUGUAUAUUACAUACAUUUGUAUCACGAAUAAGGAAAUAUAUUAAAUUUACCAGUAAUUAAGUUUUCUUUAACAAAUCUUUUAAUAAAGUAUUAGUGAAUGACGAUUCAUGCUUGUCACUUGUA